AUGAGCUGGAAUAGUGUUACAGUGCCAUGCUCUAAUUGCGUUCGCCGACAACGCGUUGAAUUCUGUGUCGCCGCCGAAAACUCGAAUAGUCGAAACUCCAGUGGGCAGCCUGAACAUCAGAAGGAUGCCCGACAUGACCAGAGUCAAGAUGCUUUCAGCGCCACAUCUUCACAUCUAAACCAGCAGUCCAAACUCCAAGACCACUCUGUUCCCCAGGUGCAACAACAAAGAGUUCGGCAACCUCUCGAAAAUAGUACAACUCAUCAUGAAAACCCUCAGCCGUUCGAUUCGAGCCAACAGCCCGCGAACCACUCACAUCAUAUUCCUCCGCACUCUAACCUCACCGACCGCACUCAAGUCAAUCCUCUAACACUUCUUGCCCGUGCCUUCGAACCAUAUACGGUUCAGGGUCCAUCCCCUCAAACCCCAGGCUCCUCACGGUCAGCCAGGAUGGAGGAAUCAUCGUAUAGCAUCAACACCGGAACCAGCGCUUCCAGCAACCCGGCUCGACUGUCUAUUGACGACGACAGCCAAAAUGGUUCUUUUGGUACUUUGAUGCUGGGAAAAAGAGGCAGGUCUAAGUAUCUGGGUCCAACAGCAGGAAGUGAAUGGCUGAAAGAGUCGGAAAUGCAAGAUGUAUCAGAUACUCCCUUGCAGACACGCGCCCCUUCACCGGUGCUACCUGGAAACUCAGUUCCCUCACAACCCAACGUCCUACGUCCGGGUACCGCCCCCGGUGGGUUUCCCUUUCUCGCAUCAGCAGCUCAUAUCAGUACUCGGGAGUUAUUAGCAUGUCUCCCCUCACGGGAUGAGGCGUGGACACUAGUGGAGUCAUAUUACCGCUAUUGUGCCUGGCAUCACGACGUUGCUCCUAAGCCCGCCUUCGAAAAGACCUUCAACAGAGUCUUCAAGCGUACGGAAAGCGAUUCUACAUCCCCGCAUGUAAAUGCUCAGGAAAUAGCGCUCGUUUUCAUCAUAAUGGCUCAAGGCACCAUGUUUAAUAUUGAGAUGCCCAAUUGCGAUUCGUCUGCUGAAGAGUGGCUAAGGCUCUCAGAGCGAGCGUUGGUGAAGGGUGAAUUUUUGUCGAACAAUACCCUGGCUGGACUGCAAACUCUUCAUUUGAUGGCUCAUCUUCAAUUGCAUCUUGAUGAAGGCAGACGCGGUGAUAGUGCGUGGCCGUUAUGGGGUCUGGUAAUGCGCCUUAUACAAGCUAUGGGUAUGCACCGUGACGGUGAUCGCUGGAAUCUGCCGCAGGAUGUAGUUGAGGAGCGACGAAAAGUAUUCUGGGAAUGCAAUUGUGCCGAUAUCUUUCAAGCACACUGCUUCUCAAGGCCAUCCGCAAUCAACCCGGAGCAUUGCGAUACUGCGUUUCCCUCAGAACCACCCAGGCCUAACGGAGAGAAAAGCUACUCUAUCAUCCGAUUUGAGUUGUCUCAACUUUCAUCACAAAUUCUCAACAUGGCCAUGAAAGUACGGAAGCCAGCAUAUUCUGACGUUACAGAUCUGGGCUUCAGGCUCUCCGAAUUUGAACAGAGUAUUCCGUUUUCACUUCGCUGUCGAGCAGCGUUACUGGCCACACCGUCUCGUUAUGCUCAACUCGAAGCUGCAAUUGAAGCAUCUCCAGAGCCAUCUCGCAUGGCACUGACCAUUUCUUUCCAACAAACAAAUCUUGCCCUAAAUGUUUCAGAGACUAUCAUCAACCUCCAUCGACCUUAUUAUGCGAGAGCGCUCUACGAUGCUGAUCAUUCCGAAUCUAUAUAUAAAGCUUCGUUCUAUACUGUAGUUGAACGCUGUGGUAUAAUUAUCAGUAUUGUCACUGAUAUACACAACCGCUUCCCGACCGUCGCCACCAGGCAGUGGAACUUCUGGUAUCAUGUCUUUGGUUCGGCAUUGUGUUUGGGCACGCUAGUCCUGCGUGAUCCAGGCAAUAUCAUGACCAAGUUUGCCCUAACGCAGAUCGAUGCUGCCAUUAGCUUGUUCACAUCACUACUUCAACAUGGUGCACAAACUCCGCGGUAUAAGAGCAAUCUACAGUGGCUCUUGAACUUGCGCACAAGAGCUUUAGCCAAGAUCUCUUCAGUAUCUACUUCCAAUAGAGGCAACAUAGGUGAUGAAGAAAGACAGAAUAAUAAUGAAGAUAGAGAAGAUGAUGAAGAUGUUGAGCUGCUCGGUUGGCGUACCAGGCUUAUCGAGCGUGCGGGUCAGAACCAGCAGAAAACCAUCAGGACCAUUCGUCUUUCCGAGACGCCAACUGUUUCACCGACUAUGAACGUAGCAAAUUCGUCUCUGAACAGUUUUCACCCUCAAAUACAGAUGGGAGCUUCCGAUAUACCAAAUAUUAACCCAUCGAUGCCUGCAAUAAAUAUGGACUCGACAAAUGACCUGUUACAUGACUUUUGGGAUCCUGUACUUUUACAAGAUGUCUUCGGACCUUCUCAAGACCAACAGACUUCUUUGAUGAAUACGUGGUGGGACGACAUCCCCAAUGCACCUCAGUCACGGGAGCAACCAUAG